ACACGGGGUGUUAUAAUCUUAUAUAAAUUUAUCAAGACUGAUUUUUUCAAACGAAGAUAAGUAUGUAUAAACUUGGCAUUUAUGGAUGUCCACAGCUAAUAAUGGGCUUUUUAUUCAAUCAUGAAAGACAAUUGAUGUACAAUGAAAGCAAGAAACCAUUGUAAAAGUACCGUUAGGUAUAAGAAAAAGUAGGCUGUAGUGACUAAAGAUAAUAGGAAAGACAAGAAGUAACCGGAUACAAGCAAUUAAUAGUUCUUUCAAGUCUCCCACAAACUAUACUCUUCUAAACAUUACUUCUGUCGCAUAAGUACGUGCAGAAAUUAGAUACGCAACGUGUAACGGCGCAGGCGCAGUACUAAGUGUCAUUCUCGCACUGAGCUAACGAAGAUAAGCGGAGUCAGUUUAUCGUGCGAUUUUAACAGGAACACAUGCGGCUUGACGGUUCUGUAUUAAGCUACGAAAAAACGUGAUAUGCUGUUGUGAUCAAACAAUAUUUAUUGUCUCGCGGUCGUCACGCAGCUUCAACCUCAAUGAUUGACUUGCGCCCACGACCUUCGACACUGUUUUCAACUUGAACCUAAUACAAUCUGGCGGCGAAAUCGGGAUUGGGAGAGGAACAAUGAAAUAUAUUGCUGCUUUAGAUGUUGGCACGACUACUGUGCGAUGUCACAUUCUUGAUGAAAGUGCUACCGUUAUCGCUGCGUCGGCAGAAAAGGUGGAACUGUUAUAUCCGAAGCCGGGUUACGUAGAAAUUGAUCCUGAUCAAUUAUGGAGUGCUAUACAGCGUGUUGUAAAGAACGCAAUCCACGAGAGCAGAGUCGAAGCAGGCUCUAUUGCUUGCCUUGGAAUAUCCACUCAACGUGGUAGCUUCACCACAUGGAACUUCGAAACCGGUAAACACUAUCACAGAUUUAUAACAUGGAAGGAUUUGCGGGCAGAUAUGAUGGUCAAGGAAUGGAAUUCAUCUAUGACCAUGAGGGGUUUACGAACUGGUGCUCAUUUAUUGUACGUUUUAUCACGAAGUAAACGAUUUUUGGCUGGCAGCGUACUGAAGCUCAUGAAUACUCAGAUGACCUUGCGCCUAACGUGGGCUUUGCAACAUGUACCGGGUCUAAACGAGGCCGCUAUCAACGGGCGAGCAGUAUUUGGAGGCGUAGAUUGUUGGCUGCUCUAUAAAUUGACAGGAAAACACAUUACGGAUGCUUCAAGUGCAUCAGCAACUGGCCUUUUUGAUCCAUUUACGAUGCAAUGGGCCGGUUGGGCUUUAAAUCUUUUUAAAUUACCUCGAAAUAUCUUUCCGAAAGUGGUUGAUACUGCAGGAGCUUUUGGAAAUGUGUCAAAAGAUAUAUUCGGGGCUGAAAUUCCAAUUUGUUGUUCGAUGGCUGAUCAAGCAGCUUCGCUGUUUGGAUCCGGAUGCUUUCAACCCGGUGAUCUUAAGGUGACAAUGGGAACUGGAACUUUCGUGAAUGUUAACACAGGAAAUGAACCACACGCUUCAGUUACUGGAUUGUAUCCUCUUGUUGGUUGGCGAUUGGGUUCUGAGCUUGUAUACGUUGUCGAAGGCGCUUCGAAUGACACUGGAACGCUUAUUGAAUGGGCAAAAUCACUUGGUAUAAUAACACAGCCUUCGGAAACUUCUGAUUUGGCGAAUUCAGUUCUCGAUUCCGAUGGAGUUUACUUCGUUCCUGCAUUCAGUGGACUACAGGCACCUAUCAAUGAUCAGACAGCCGCCGCUGGAUUUCUUGGUGUAAAGCCAACGUCUGGUAGAGCUCACCUUGUCAGAUCACUUUUGGAAAGUCUUGCAUUCAGGAUACUCUUAUUGUAUGAUUCUUUACGCCAUGAGACACGCUACACCUAUCGCAAAAUACGAGUUGACGGAGGUGUUUCUCGUAACGACUUUUUGAUGCAAUUAUUAGCUGAUUUGACGGGAUUGGAAGUAGAGAGAGCAACAAGUAGUGAAAUGUCAAUCUUGGGUAUUGCAUUUUUGGCGGGUCUACAACAGGGUAUCUGGAAGAACAGAGAGGAACUGCUGAAACUUCGACAUGUUGAAAAAUGCUUCAAACCAAACGAAGAGAGACGCUUACAAUAUCAACCUAUAGUUUCGCAAUGGAAAAGAGCACUUGAUAGAUUUAAAGAUUGGUACUGACAAUAUGCCUAAGGAUUAAUCCUUUUAGAUAUUCAGCUCAAUUGUUCCUAAGGGAAGAAGACUGCAUUUUUUUGUAUACUUUAUCACCUUGAGAUCGAUUUAGCAUUGUUCUUAAGAUAAGAAAACAUCGUUGUACAGGAAUUAUGAUAGUUAUGUACCGCGAAAUUGAAUUUGCAAUUAUGACAGAAGCCAUGGAACACUUUACGCACGUAAUGAGAUUCUAAAUUACAUAAUUAAAAUUAAUUAUAUACGCUAACGAAUGCACAUUAACAAAUCAUACACGUUAGAAAAAUUUCUUUAAAAUAAUCAUAUUAGCGAUACUCAUGGAUCAAUGCAGUACAUUAAAAACUGUUUUCUCUUUCAAAUAAUUUCUUUCCAGCCGAGUGUAGUAUUUACGACUGUACUUAUGUACGAUUGAGUAUUUAUAUCUAUAGCUAUUAUCAAAUGGAACAUAUCUAGAUUUUUUACUUAUACGGCGUUCAUGUUACUAUAAACUAAAAAUCACGAUAAAAAUAAUGAUAUAAUUUUCAUUCCACAAUUUUAAUUGUUCGUUCACUUUGAUACCAACCAUAUUUGUUACAGGUAUUAUGACGUGUUAAACAUUUCAUAUAUUAUUUUUAUGAAAUGUGAUCUUUUAUAUUAUUAUUAUUAUAUAUAUAUACACACACACACAAAAUAUGUAUAGCAAAUAUUUUGCGAAUACCUGUCAUAAUGUUCAAAUUUCAAGUGCCUUAUAGAACUGAAAUAUUUGUGUAAGCCAAAGCUAUUAACGAUACAUUUUAUUAAAUAUCUCUGUCUCCAAUUAUAAGACCCAUGUAUCAAAUAGUAAUUCUACAACUGCUCCACAGCAGCAUAUACGGUUAUUAUCUAUACUCUAUAUAUUACACGUAAUUAUUAUGUUAUGAAAUUGAUGUUCUAGGUCCUCAAAUUAUAGGUAUAUUAUGAAGUACAGUUCAAACUAUGAAAUAUAUCAAUCAGUCCUUCUGAGCAGCCACUUUAUUGUGGAUUAGAAUGUAAAAGAAUUCCCUGAAUGUGGCACUGAUGGUCACGAUUCAACAGUUAAUAUAGACAAGUAGAAAUAUAUACAUAUAUAUGUAUCCAGUUAGAGCGCCUAUCGAUAUAGUUGAAUAUUGCUAUUGCCGUAUUAAUUAAUAUAUAUUGAUAAUUAUAAUUCAUUGAUAAUAUUAAUUAAUUAUGUAUACGCACAUUAUCUUAUCAGUACCCGAAACUUGUGAUAAUUAAUUUACCGUUAUUUGAACCAUUAAAAAAUAUAGAGAACAGUACAGCAGCGACUACUAUUGAUCAUUCACGGUAUAGCAAUGAUGUGACGAAUAAAAUUGUAUGGAAAAAUGUGUAAAUCGA